AUGAGUACACACCCGGAAUCAUCCGACAGGCCUGUAAUGGCACCAUCAACUGAUUUGGCAAACCUGGGAGCUCAACUGAGCGAAGUUUUAAAUAAAUUUAAUGAGCUAAGCAUGGAAAUGACGGCCCAACGGCGCGUGAUUCAUCAGUUAGUCACUGGUAACGAUAGUGGUGGCCAACCUGAGCCUUUACCUGCUAGUCAGCCUGAACCACAACUAAUACUUUUACCCUAUACUCAAACCUCUGUUACUUCACAUGUCAUAAAUCCACCUGAAGAAGCUUUCAUCUAUCCCACUCAUGGCUUACCACCUACCUAUGCACCCAAUGCUUCUUACAUGCAAGCUCCCCAAAAUUAUCCACCGGUUAAUCUGAACAUGCCACUUGAACCUCAAGGACCACAUUACUAUUCCACUACAGAGCCAUUCAAACUAGACACCACUGCCCUAGGAAAAGUGGAAAGAAGAGAAUCUUCCGCGCUAAUUGACAAGAAUUUGCUAAAGAGAUUGGAUCGAUUUGAUGAAUUCAUAAGGAAGAGUCAAGGAUUGAGCAAACAAAGAGGGUUGGACUAUAAUGAGUUGUGCCUGUUUCCUGAUAUGCAACUGCCUGUGGGUUUUAAAGCGCCCAAGUUUAGCAAAUAUGAUGGAACUGGUAACCCCAAGACGCAUUUAAGACUAUUUGUAAAUAAGUUGGGAAAGCCAUUGGAUUUGUCAACUGCCUUCGUGAGACAGUAUGAGUACAAUUGUGAACUUGCUCCAACGAGAACCACGCUUGAAGGCACUAAAAGGAAGCCAUCUGAGGAUCAUAAGACAUAUGCCAAGCGAUGGCGAAUAUUGGCAGCCAAAGUGGAACCUUCGAUGACAGAAGAGGAAAUUGUCCGUACGUUUAUUAAGGCGUAUGACCCGUCCUAUUUUGAGGAAAUUUUUCGCAUGACUGGAUGCUCGUUUGCAGAAAUUGUCAACAAAUUGGAGGAAUAUGAUGAGUUUUUAAGAGCGGGAAAGAUUGUUAAUGUGUCAGCUCUAAAAUCGUAA